AUUUAUUCUUUAAUUUUUAUAUUUAUAAUCGCAUUAAUAGCUCAAAUAAAGUUUCUAUUGUCAUUUUUACAUUUAUUUUAUAGAAUAAGUUUACAUGACUAUUAGUUGUUAAACAGUAUAAAGUCAGGAAACAAAAAUGGAUGUCGGUGAAUUGCUUUCGUUUAAGCCGGUGCCUACACCAAAAAGACCAAACGAGGAUGAAUUGGAUGAUUCUGACGAUGAAACUCCACGUGCAGCCAAAUCUAGGAAACUGGGCAGUAAAUCCAAUGUUGAUCAAGUCUCCCUUGGACAUAAGCUGCCUAUAGAACCUGCGAUUUCGGAUAAAGAACGAGAAGAUAUACUUAGAUUUGUAGAAACAGAAGCAACAGAGGGUGAAGUUUUGGAUGACACUGCUGUAAAAAAAUUAGUUCUCAAUUUUGAAAAGAAAGCUCUCAAAAAUAGGGAAAUGCGCAUAAAGUUUCCCGAUCAACCAGAGAAGUUUAUGGACAGUGAGGUUGAUCUAUUUGAGGCUUUACAGGAUCUUAGUGCAGUAGCAACAGUCCCAGAUCAAUAUCCACUAUUAGUGGAACUGAAGUGUAUCAACUCCAUAUUAGAGUUAUUAUCACAUGACAACACUGAUAUUUCUACAAAAGUUGUGCAUCUGUUACAGGAGCUAACAGACGUAGAUAUAUUACAUGAGAGUGAGGAGGGUGCUGAAGAACUGAUUGCUGCACUGGCGGAGGCAGAGUGCCCAGCUCUAUUGCUACAUAAUCUGUCCCGACUGGAUGAGCAGGUCCCUGACGAGAGAGAUGCUGUGCAUGAGACAUUAGGUAUCAUCGAAAACAUAACAGAAUUUAGGCCAGAACUAUGUGUAGAAGUUGCCAAACAAGGUUUUAUACAGUGGAUUCUAAAAAGGCUAAAGAUGAAGAUUCCAUUUGAUGCAAACAAGCUGUAUGCAACUGAAAUUUUAUCAAUACUCUUACAAAAUACACCCGAAAAUCGCAAGCUCCUUGGUGAAUUGGACGGCAUAGAUGUAUUGCUGCAGCAAUUAGCGUUCUACAAGCGUCACGACCCGUCGGGCGCGGAGGAGCAGGAGGCGAUGGAGAACAUGUUCGACGCGUUGUGCUGCGCGCUGCUCGAGCCCGCCAACCGCGACCGCUUCCUGCGCGGCGAGGGCCUGCAACUCAUGAACCUUAUGCUCAGGGAAAAGAAGAUGUCACGUAACGGUUCCUUGAAGGUAUUAGACCACGCGCUGGUGGGUGCUGACGGGCGCGACAACUGCAACAAGUUCGUCGAUAUACUCGGCCUGCGGACCGUCUUCCCGCUAUUCAUGAAGACGCCCAAGCGCAAGAGGCUGCUCACUGUUGACCAACACGAAGAGCAUGUGGUAUCGAUAAUCUCGUCGAUGCUGCGCAACUGCCAGGGCGGUCAGCGGCAGCGGCUGCUGGCCAAGUUCACGGAGAACGACCUGGAAAAGGUGGACCGCCUGCUCGAGCUGCACUUCAAGUACAUGGACAGGGUCGACCGGACUGAAAAGGAGAUGGAGCAAGAAGCAGAACAGUUGGACGAUGAUGCUCAGUACCUGAAGAGAUUGUCCGGAGGAUUGUUCACUUUACAGCUGAUAGACAGAAUUAUUUUAGAGGUGUGUACAGCGGGCCCGCCGUCCAUCAAGCAGCGAGUGCAACGCGUGUUGUCGCUACGCGGCGGCUCACUCAAGAUCAUCAGACACGUUAUGAGAGAAUAUGCCGGCAACCUGGGCGACGAGGGCAGCGAAGAGUGGCGGCAGCAGGAGCAACAACACAUCCUCCAACUCGUCGACAAGUUCUAAGCCAAAUAAAACGUCUGCACAUAUAUAUUA